AUGCGUUCCGUUGAGAUCCUCGGCCUGGCUGCGCUAGGCUCCCUUGUUGCGGCUGCCCCUUCUCCUUCGCGUGUAUCUAACUCGGCCAAGAAGGCUUCAUCGUGCACCUUUACCUCGGCUGCACAGGCGUCUAAAAGUGCAUCGGGUUGCUCUGAGAUUACUCUGGAUAACAUUGCGGUCCCCGCUGGCGAAACGCUGGAUCUCUCCCACGUUGAUGAUGGGACUACUAUCAUCUUCGAAGGUACCACUAGCUUCGGGUACAAGGAGUGGAAGGGGCCCCUAAUCCAAUUUGCUGGCACGGGCAUCACCGUCAAACAAAACACUGGUGCCGUCAUUGACGGGGAUGGAUCCCGCUGGUGGGAUGGUAAGGGGACUAACGGCGGCAAGACGAAGCCCAAAUUCAUGUACGCACACAAACUCAGGGACUCAACUAUCACCGGGCUGUCGAUCAAGAAUACCCCAGUGCAGGCGAUCAGUGUGCAGGCCACAAACCUACAGCUGACCGACAUCACGAUUGACAACUCGGAUGGUGAUGAGAACGGCGGUCACAACACCGACGCGUUUGAUAUUGGUGAGAGCAAUGGUGUGUACAUCCGCGGUGCGGUGGUCAAGAACCAAGAUGACUGCAUUGCAAUUAACUCCGGCGAGAAUAUCGAAUUCUCUGGCGGCAGCUGCUCCGGUGGCCACGGUCUCUCCAUCGGCUCUGUCGGUGGCCGUGACAACAACAUCGUCAAGAACGUGACGAUCACCGAUUCAACGAUCUCCGACUCGGACAACGGCGUCCGCAUCAAGACCAUUUACGAUGCGACUGGUUCAGUCGGCGAUGUGACCUACUCCAACAUCAAGCUCUCCAAUAUCGCCAAGUACGGCAUUGUGAUUGAGCAGGACUAUGAGAACGGCAGCCCCACGGGUACUCCCACUACCGGCGUCCCAAUCACUGGCCUGACCAUUGACGGUAUUACGGGGUCUGUCGCCAGCAAUGCCGUGCAGGUAUACAUUCUCUGUGGCGAUGGAAGCUGCAGUGACUGGACCUGGAAGGGCGUGGACCUCACUGGUGGCAAGAAGAGCUCCAAGUGUGAGAACGUGCCUUCGGGGGCCUCUUGUUAA